AUGGAGGACUACGAAAAGCUCGAGAAAGUAGGCGAAGGCACCUAUGGGAAGGUCUACAAAGCGAGAUGCAAGAAGACUGGCAAGACAGUAGCGCUAAAGAAGACCCUUCCGGAUAUGGGGCAAGGGGGGGUUCCACAGACAACCAUUCGUGAAGUUUCUCUUUUGAAGAUGCUUUCAAAGAGCGUGCAUGUCGUACGUUUACUCGACGUUGAGCACAUUAUCGAGCACAACACGACCACGGUUUACCUGGUCUUCGAAUACCUGGACUUUGAUCUUAAGAAGUACAUGGAUGCGCGUGGCAAGGGCCCAAGCCACCCGCUGGAACCUAAAAUUGUCAAGAAUUUCAUGUAUCAACUCCUCAAAGGGGUUGCCCACUGCCAUAGCAACGGAAUUGUAACUCUGUGGUAUCGAGCUCCGGAGGUACUUCUUGGCGCAACCCACUAUUCAACGCCCGUGGAUAUGUGGUCGGUUGGAUGCAUUUUUGCGGAGAUGGCACAUAACCUGCCCCUCUUCCGAGGCAACUCAGAGUUACAGCAGCUGCUUCAAAUCUUCCACGUGCUUGGAACUCCCGACGACAACAUCUGGCCUGGUGUUUCGAAUCACCACGACUGGUACAAGUUCCCCCAGUGGAGUGCCCAGAACCUUGCUCAGUUUGUGCCAGAGUUGGACAAAAACGGUGUUGAUCUAUUGAAGCAAUGCUUGGAGUAUGAUCCCGCCAAAAGGAUUGCUGCGAAGGAUGCCCUUCAGCAUCCUUAUUUCAACGACUUGGACAAAUCUCAGUUUGAUUAG